UGUCUGUCUCUCUCUCUCUCUCUCUCUGUCUCUCUCUCUCUCUCUCUCUCGUUUCUCUAAAGUUAAAUAUACAAGCCUGUGAGCUUUCACCGACGGUGAGUGAAUGCGCAGUCAGGGAGGUUCGCAGUUGCUUGCGUCGAGUGCGAGCGGGAACAGAACGGAGCAACGCUGUUUGUGUCACAUUACCGGGGCUCUUCCACUUCUGUUCGAUCCAAGUGUUUCUUAACUUCGUUUUCGACCUUUUCAAGAUGACAGAAGAAAAUAAUGUUGGGCAUAUAAAGCUGGUGACUGACCAGCUUCCGUGGGAUUUGAUGUCGCCUCUAGAUUGGUUCUGCUGAAGAUGGAAACACUGGAGUCUGAGCUCACCUGCCCAAUCUGCCUGGAGUUGUUUGAAGAUCCCCUGCUCUUACCCUGCGCCCACAGCCUGUGUUUCAACUGCGCCCACCGCAUCCUAGUCUCCCACUGCUCGUCCAACAAACCUCUAGAGUCCAUCUCCGCCUUCCAGUGCCCCACCUGCCGUUACGUCAUCACGCUGAACCACCGCGGCCUGGAGGGCCUGAAGCGCAAUGUGACCCUGCAGAACAUCAUCCACCGUUUCCAGAAGGCCUCCGUCAGCGGCCCUAACUCCCCCAGUGAGAGCCGUCGUGCCCCAGGUCUCUCCGGAGGCCACAGGCCCUAUAGCAGCAGCGGAGGAGGAAGCUCCGGCAGCCACAGCGCCCGCUCCAGCCCGGCCCAGCCCUCCUCUCAUCAGCACACCGCCACCAUGUCUCUGGAGCACCGUAUCAGCUGCCAGUUCUGUGAGCAGGACCCGCCUCGCGAGGCAGUCAAGACGUGCGUGACCUGCGAGGUGUCGUACUGUGACAGGUGUCUACGUGCCACGCACCCCAAUAAGAAGCCGUUUACCAGUCACCGGUUGGUGGAGCCGGUGCAUGACGCCCACAUGAGAGGCCUCACCUGUCUGGAGCAUGAGAAUGAGAAGGUUAAUAUGUACUGCAUCGUGGAUGACCAGCUGAUAUGUGCCCUGUGUAAGCUGGUGGGACGACACAGAGAACAUCAAGUCUCCUCUCUUAGCGAACGCUUCGACAAACUCAAGGCUUUUCAAGUGAGUCCUGGCAGAGUAUCUGACGCAGUAAUGGAGGCAUCAAAGACAAGCGCUGUGCAAACCCUGGAGAACAACCUCACCAACCUGGUGAAGAGAAACAGUGAGCUGGAGAACCAGAUGGCUAAACUCAUCCAGAUCUGUCAACAGGUUGAGGUGAACCUAGCUAUGCACGAGGCCAAGCUAGUGGAGGAGUGUGAUGAGCUUGUAGAGAUCAUACGCAGGAAACAGAUCAUCGCUGUCAAGAUCAAGAAUGACUGCCUAUAUCCUAACCCUGCUAACAUGAACUUCUCUUCUCUGUCCCUUGCUUGUGUGCCUGCGUGCUUGCCUACCUGUGUGCCUGCCCCUGCCUACAUGUGUGCCUGCCCCUGCCUACCUGUGUGCCUGCCUACCUGCCUACCUGUGUGCCUGCCCCCUGCCUACCUGUGUGCCUGCCCCCUGCCUACCUGUGUGCCUGCCCCCUGCCUACCUGUGUGCCUGCCUACCUGUGUGCCUGCCCCUGCCUACCUGUGUGCCUGCCCCCUGCCUACCUGUGUGCCUGCCCCCUGCCUACCUGUGUGCCUGCCUACCUGUGUGCCUGCCCCUGCCUACCUGUGUGCCUGCCCCUGCCUACCUGUGUGCCUGCCCCCUGCCUACCUGUGUGCCUGCCCCUGCCUACCUGUGUGCCUGCCCCUGCCUACCUGUGUGCCUGCCCCCUGCCUACCUGUGUGCCUGCCCCCUGCCUACCUGUGUGCCUGCCCCCUGCCUACCUGUGUGCCUGCCCCUGCCUACCUGUGUGCCUGCCCCUGCCUACCUGUGUGCCUGCCCCCUGCCUACCUGUGUGCCUGCCCCUGCCUACCUGUGUGCCUGCCCCUGCCUACCUGUGUGCCUGCCUACCUGUGUGCCUGCCCCUGCCUACCUGUGUGCCUGCGUACAUGUGAGUCUUGUUUGUUUGUUUUGCGUGCGUGCGUGUGUCCGUGCGUGCGUGUGUCCUGUGUGUGUGUGUGUGUGUGUUACCUGUCUCAGGUGAUGAAGCUGCGUAAACUGGCCCAGCAGAUGGCUAACUGCAGACAGUGUCUGGAACGUUCCAGAGCCCUCAUCACCCAGGCAGAACACAGCCUGAAGGAGAACGACCACGCUCGCUUCCUACAGACCGCCAGGAACGUGGCUGAGAGGGUUGCCAUGGCCACGGCCUCCUCCCAGGUGCUGAUACCAGAUGUGAACCUGAACGAAGCCUUUGAUAACUUUGCCCUGGACUUUUCCAGAGAGAAGAAGAUCCUAGAGGGACUGGACUACCUGACAGCUCCCAGUCCUCCCUCCAUACGUGAUGAGCUGUGUACUGCCUCCCACGACACCAUCACAGUUCACUGGACGUCUGAGGACGAGUUCAGCGUCACCUCCUACGAACUGCAGUACACCAUCUACACCGGCCAGACCAACUUCAUCAGUCUGUAUAACAGUGUGGACAGUUGGAUGAUUGUCCCCAACAUCAAGCAGAACCACUACACGGUGCACGGCCUGCAGAGUGGAACACGUUAUGUCUUCUUUGUCAAGGCAAUCAACCAGGCAGGCAGCCGCAACAGCGACCCAGCCCGCCUCAAAACCAACAGUCAGCCUUUUAAGCUUGACCCGAAGACGGCCCACAAGAAGCUGCGUCUGUCCAACGACUGCCUGACCAUGGAGAAAGAUGAGAGCUCCCUGAAGAAGAGCCACACUCCAGAACGUUUCAGCAGCACGGGUUCGUACGGAGCAGCAGGAUCCGUCUUCAUGGACAGCGGCUGUCACUACUGGGAGGUGCUGCUGGGCGCCUCCACCUGGUACGCUGUGGGCGUGGCUUACAAGUCAGCCCCUAAGAACGAGUGGAGUGGUAAGAACUCCUCCUCCUGGGUGUUUUCUCGCUGUAACAACAACUUCAUGGUGCGUCACAAUGGCAAGGAGAUGCUGGUGGAGGCCAGCCACCAGCUCAGACGUCUGGGAGUCCUUCUGGACUACGACAACAACUCCCUGUCCUUCUACGACGCCAUGAACUCCCAACACCUGCACACCUUCGAGGUCAGCUUCCUGCUCCCCGUGGCUCCCACCUUCAUGAUCUGGAACAAGUCUGUGAUGAUCCUGUCGGGGCUUCCUGUGCCGGACUUUGUGGACUGCCCUGAGGAACACCCGGAGGGGAUGACGACCCUGUGUCGCCAGCAGGAGUCACCCUACGUGUCGGGUAUGAAGGGCUGUCACUGAGACUGGGACUGGGGGCUGCGACUCGGCCUGUUGUCACAGAGACGGCUGAGAUUGGGGAUCGUUGUCACGGAGACCGAUGAGGGCUUGGACUGGACUCACAGGACUGGGCUGGGUGUGACUCACUUACUUCCUGGGUUUGUGGGCCAAUGGGGUAGAAUCUUCCUCAUCCUCUGCUUCCUCCUUCCUCAUUUUCCCCAGCUCUCCUUUCUCGUCGUGGAUGGUUUCAGUUACAAUGCCUACUACUUGUCUCAGUGUGAGGAUGUGUUUUGUUGUUUAUGAUAUUUACAAAUCAUCACAGAAGCUUGACCUGCAUUAUGUGACUACUAGUCUUGUAUUAUAAGAAACUUUAUUAAUCAUGAUUGAUUAGAGAAUGUUAAUUAUUCAUGAAUAAUAAGUUGCUUUUUAGAGUUACAUUUAUUUCCCUAGUGUGUAAAAAAAAAAAAGACAGAAAAAGAAUUUGGGCAGCAUUGUUCUUCCUCUAGAAAGCAUAGUGAAUUUAUAUUGUAUAGAAAACGGAUAUGAUUAUGAUGUUUAUGCGAUUCUAAACACAGUAAAAAUGGACAAAACUGACAGAGAAAAAAAGUUCACAAAGUUGAAUAUUCAGGGAGGAAACGGUUAAAACCAUUUGAUUUACUAUCGGUUUUGAUGUCAUAGCAUGAAAUGUAUUUCCUAUGUGAUUGGUUCACACCUCAUGUUUUGUUUGGUUUGGUUCUGUCGAAAAGCAUGCUGCGUUAUGGGAUCCCACUUUAAACCUCUGGUUCACAGGUUAUUCUGUAUAAACUCUUAUCUCCUUAACCUUUUACUGGUUCAUUUCCUGGUUAUCAUGAGGCACUCCGUGACCCCUGACCAAUAGAAUCCCUCACAGUCACCACGGAGCUCCACCACCUCCCCUCACGUCCAAUCACUGGUCGAGGUUUACCUUACUACAGAGAGGUGUGUUAUUAUAGUUUGUUCCUUUGUAUAAAGUCCCAAGACAAUGAAGACCUGUUAUUUUCUUAUAGAAAUCAUCUGAUUUUCAGUCAAAGAAAAUCACAUAUUAACCAGAUAUGGAGAAGAGAAGACCAUCUAAGUUACGCGUUACAUAAUCCUAUAUUUAUUUGGGCUUUUUAUGAGUUGGUGGUGUAGAUUAUAAAUAUGAUUUUCCUCUGAUUGAUAUUCAGGGAUGAAUACAUAGUGGGUCUGAUCAAGACAAUCAAUAGCAUAUUGUUAUGCAGGCAGGUGAAACAUAACCAGGAACGUGUAACAGGAAAAGGGAUGAACUGGCAGAACUAAAUAUUUGACAUACUAACUGUUAAUUACCGAAAACAAAACGGAUGCUUUAUUUUUUACAGUGAAUUAAACUUAGUAGUAGUGAACAUAUUGGGAACAGACAGACUCGUACUACUGGUAAUGCCACCGUCCUGAUGGCUGUGGUUCCAUCUCACUCCACUCAUCCGUGGAUUUACACUGUGUACCCAAAUGGCACCCUAUUCACAUCUUUUGAAAAGUCAAAAAUAAUGCGCUAUGUGGGGAAUAGAGUACCAUUCAAUCCAACCUUAGUUUUCCAUUUCCUGUUUCUUUUGUUUGUUUUUAAGUUCCUGUUUUUAAUUGAAAGCACAAACUAUCCAAUCUGUCAGAUUUCUACUUGGCAGAGUGAUAGUUGGAGAUAUAUGAAUGGAUCUGUAUCUAACUGCCGGUGAGCCAGGAGUACCGUUAUAGACCUAAGACGACAACGAUUCAGUCACAUGACCAGGGUCUUCUGUUUUAAAGAGCUAGCUGAAUACUGGACACAAGAGGUCAGAGGUCUUUUAGAUAACAGUGCUUUGAUUAUAACAGGUGGGGACACUUCACUGUAGACACCUUGUAUGUAUGCAUUCAUAAAGCCUUUAUAACAGCUACAUAAGACAUAACAUCGGUUUUAUGGCGCUAUUAAAGGCGAUACAAGAGGUCACAAAGCUGGAUAAAGAGGUUGUUCUCUUUUCUUUAGUCGAGCAGCAGAUUUUGUGAAUGUUAACAUUUCUUGAAUUCUCAGAAAGCUGAUCAAGGUGAAGUAAACAAGAGGUGGAAGGAAGCUGGCUGUUGAUUUCUGAGCUACAACUGACAAGCUCAAUUCAUUUGUAUAAGAAGUGCAUUUGACUUGGGGGUUACCUACCGCAUGCAUGAUAAUGUGUCUCUGAUCUACUUGGUCCAUACAGUCUGUGUAUCUCAUGAACGUUUUAUAGAAACAGAUUAAUAACAAAAUGUCUAUUUGAAAUAUACAACUUUAUUGAGACAUCUGUGUUCAUGCAUAUCAUUCAGGUAGUUUUGCUGUGCUUUGUGCUACUACUACCGGUCAAUAAACAUACUAAGAAUAAUUGA